AUGCAAUGCGUGGCAGAUUGUUUCUGUAAUGGAGCUACUGGUUACACAAAGAGAGCAAUAGAUGCGGAAAAUGACGAUUGCAUUCUUAUAUCUGAAUGCCCUAUUUGUGGUACCAAUGAAAUAUAUAAAGUGUGUGGAACUGCCUGUCAAGAUUAUUGUGGAAAACCAGAAGGUACUGCGUGUACGACUCAAUGCGUUGAAGGAUGUUUCUGUAAAGAUGGAUACGUACCUGCCGCUGUUAUUGCACAAACAUGUGGUCCAAACCAACUGUGGAACUCUUGCGGAUCUGCUUGUCCACACUACUGUAAUAAACCAGAUGGUGGAAUUUGCACCAUGCAAUGCGUGGCAGAUUGUUUCUGUAAUGGAGCUACUGGUUACACAAAGAGAGCAAUAGAUGCGGAAAAUGACGAUUGCAUUCUUAUAUCUGAAUGCCCUAUUUGUGGUACCAAUGAAAUAUAUAAAGUGUGUGGAACUGCCUGUCAAGAUUAUUGUGGAAAACCAGAAGGUACUGCGUGUACGACUCAAUGCGUUGAAGGAUGUUUCUGUAAAGAUGGAUACGUACGUACAAUAGAAAAUAACACUUCCGUUUGCAUCCCCGUGGAAGAUUGCCCUUAA